AUUCAGCUAGAUUUGUUAGAUCGAUGAAGGGCAUAAUACUCAAUGAUGGAGAUCUCAUGCCAGUGGUCAUCUAGGGGAGAAGGGAACCUGGCCAUCCCCUGGCAUGAAGCCAAUGAGCCGCCCUUCUUUUAGAACCCCUCGUUGCCAUAUCGACGUUACAUGUCUUUAAGGAAUUGGCAUCUUUUAACCAUGCGCUCCCGCCGGACCGCACGAGAAAAUGUCUCUGAGGAAUGGGCCCCUCCAUUCUUCAAGGUAAUUUAACAUCAACCCCUUCAGCGACAACCGUCUCCUAGUUAUCGCAUUCAAAUUCCACGACCAACGGUUUAAUAUACUUCACGAUGCGCUCCUCAAUGGCAUACAAUAUUUUUUCUGCUUUUCUGUGCUGCGCACACUUGCUUGCAACUACCACGUUGCGAAAAGACCCAGGUUAACUAUCUAACGUACUUACCGACGACGUAGCAUGUCGUUUUCGAACCCUUUUUUCUUCAUUGCUGCUUCUACGCUGAUCGGCGUGGGACGGGCGACUACCUUGAAGCCGUUCAAUGCGACGACGCAUAAUGGGUCGGCAAAUGCGACAAGCCUCCCUAAGGGCUCUCACGAGGUCCUCUCGUUACCCCUCAGGAAGAUUGAGCACAGGGGUGUUGGGACGCCGAGUUUGGCCAAACGAUAUUUCGGGUCCGACGUUCUAGGCGUUUACGGCGCGGCUUACUUUGCUGAGCUGACAAUUGGGACUGGCGACAAGCCGCAGACGGUCAACGUGCUAUUGGAUACGGGCUCGUUCGAGCUAUGGGUUAACCCGGACUGUGCCGCGACGAACGUGCACCAGUUCUGCUCCGACUUUGGGCACUACGAUCCUGCGCUAUCGCCUACGUCGAGGAAUCUGAAUAAGACGUUUAUGAUUCAGUAUGGAUUGGGGAGCGCGUCUGGUACCUACCAUCAGGACGACGUGUUCAUCUCAGGUGCGAAACUCCCGGGGCAACAGUUUGGCGUUUCGAAUGCGUCUAGCGAUGUCUGGUUCGGUAUUCUAGGAUUAGGCCAUGGUAAUGGACACGGCGUUAUCCAAUAUGAAUCCGUCGUAGACUCGUUGGCCGCGCAGGGGUACACGGAUAGCAAGUUAUUCAGCUUGGAUUUGGGUGCCCAGCCUGGGCCUACCUCUGCCAUCACUGGGGAAAUGGUAUUUGGAGGCGUCGAUACGAAUAAGUAUGCUGGUUAUUUGGCGAAAGUCCCUACGGAUCCCAACGAUGCGCACUAUGUCGCGACUCUGAACUCGAUCACUCUCCAAGUCCCUUCUUCUGCUUCUAGUUCGGGCUCCGCGAAUACCCUUUCUCAAAGCAUCAAGGCCAUUAAUGACUCCAACCUACCACUACAGGUCGUUGUCGACUCGGGUACCACGCUUUCUCUACUGCCGGAGUCAGUGGUCACAGCUAUAGCAGCCGGGUUCCCAGGGGCCCAGCCUGAUGGAAAUGGCGGCUAUAAAGUGCCGUGUGACCUGCGAAAUACCACCGAUGGCCGUGUGGACUUUGAGCUUCGGGGUGAUGGCGACAAUAAAGUAAAGAUCAGCGUUAGUUAUAGCGACUUCAUCUGGUACGGCGGGGACGAAUGCUUCCUCGGCGCAUGGUAUACGAGCAAUGUCGGAGUAUGGAUCUUGGGAGAUACGUUUUUAAGGGGAGCUUAUGUGACGUUCGAUCAAAGCAACAACGCGUUGUACAUGGCCAAUUAUGUCUCCUGCGGCGAGGGCUCGAACCUAGUCCCUGUUCCAGCAGGCCCCGACGAAGCAGCUAAUAUCCCCGGAUCAUGCGAGAUGGCAGCGCUAGAACAAAAAGUCCCUUCGCCUGCGGCUACGAUACCCGUUUACGACCCAGAUUGUGAUUGCACUGUGUUUUCGUUUUCCACCGCAUUCUCUACCGCAUUUUCUACUGCAUUCCAUACUGCCUUCAAGACAAGAACUGCGACUGAGACUGAAAUCGCGACUGCUACCACUGCUACCGUCAGGAAACAGGCCAGCGCAGCUCCUGUACCUAGCCCACUAACACCCGAGGAUGAUGAAUGUGACGAAGAUGAGGAUCAAACGCAGCAAAAGCAUGUUGAGAUAAUCACUGCUACGAAAACUUUCACGAGCACUCUCACUCACCAUGUCACUUAUACGGCUGGCCGGCGUGUUGCUACCAGCCACGUGACAGUCGUAACGACCUUCUGCCCAGGCGACAUUAUUCCCCCCGCAUCUCCAGCUCCCGCCCCAGCCCCAGCUCCAGCACAUUCCCAAACCCAAGGCCGGGUCCAACGCACCAUUACUACUACUCGUCCCAUUCCCAGCGCAUUUAUGUCUACUCCCGUAGAGCUGGUCACGAUAGCACGGGUAACCCAUGUGACAAAAACGGCCCCAGCGACUUUCGUAACCACGAUGAACUCGACAACACCAAUAGCAAGCACGGUCCUUGACUCGGCCCGCAAAAACGCCUAUUCUUCCCUAACUCCCUGGGAUCUGUCUUUCCCUACCGAAUCUAUCCUUUCGACGUUCCCCUUCUCUCCCCCGACAUUCUCCUCCUUCCCAACUGCCGCCUACUCCGUCCCCGUUCCCCCGUCUUCAUCCCCUUUUCAACAGUCCCGCCAACAGCCACAGCAACAGCAACAGCAAAGCGCCGCUCCAAACUUCGGUUUCGGCGCCGCGGGCUGGGGUUUCAACAGUUCCAGCUCCAGCAGUCCUCACAUCAGCGGCGGCAUCAACUACCACAACAAACCAGCAGGCACAGGCGUAGGCAUAAUAAGCCAAGCCGGUGCCGUAGAAGUUCCACCCACGUCUGCCCCCGCUCCCGCGGACGCGAACCCGGCCCCGACACCGGCACCGGCGAAAACGACCGAGAUCUGGCACUCGCCGAUGCCGAGCGGGAUGGCGAUGGCCACCUCGGCCGCGGUGAAGAAGACGCUCGGCGACGUGGCCAUCGGCCUGUGGACCGUGAUGAUGGUCAUGGUGAUAAGGUCGGCUGCGGGGGUAUUAUGAAGGCUAGCGAGGGGGGAGGGGCCGGACCUGUCUGGCGUGCUAUCUGCACCACGACUGCCUUCCCGCUUUUUUUCUUUCGGUAUUUUUUGUGGCUCCCUUUUUGU